AUGCAGAGGCAGAGAGAGCGCAGCCAGACCUGGUCCUUCUUUCUGGGCAGGCAUCCAGAUGGGGCAUACUACUGGCACAUGUGGCGAGACAAGCACAUUCCUGCUGAUGCUGCAAACACCGGGGUUGUGAAGGCAGAGCCAGGGCUUGAUGAGGCUGCACAGCAGCGGCUGGUGAGUGCUGCCAAGUGGUCAGCUUCGGUGCAGGUGCCACUUUCUGCACUGGAGUGCCGAUGCGAGAGCGGCCCUGCCGCAGCGGAAACCAAGGUGGCAUUGAGGCUGCUGACAGACAUUCAACCGGGCUCCGAGGAAGAAUUGAAGGCUCUGGGUGACGGGGCUGCUGAGAAGGCUUCAGGCAAGGCUUGGGUAUUCACUGGCACGAGCAGCCUCCUGAAGAGCGCUCUGCAGAAGAAUGUCCGGCUCGGCCGGGCAGACGCUGCUGAUGCAUUGCUGCACCCGUCUCUGCCACUUCUAGUGUGGCUGAUGGCGGCUGUGCCAAAGGGCUAUGCCCUGGGCAGAAUGCUGGCGCUGGCCUGCCUAACCAUCAUCCAUGAGAUUGCCUCCGUCCCUGGCCAGCAGGAGGCUCAAGCUCAUUACCAGGAUUGCAGCUGGCGCCUGCUGCUGGCGAUCUGGUUUGAAUGUGUUGAAACGCUGUCCCUCCUGAAGGGAGCCCCGGUGACCCAGCGGACUGCGCAGCCAGACGCACCCUGGAUGGCCUACUUGCACCAGCAGUUCUCAGCAGCAGCAGGCGGGGACUUGCAGCAGCUGGGCUGCAUGGAGCCUGGGGACAUCCCUCUCUCUGCAGUGGACUUCCAUGUGUCCAACAUCAUUGAGGAGGUCUUGAACAACCGAGAGGUGCUCACUGCUGCGCUGGCAGUGGGAAGAGACCCCCUACAGGCCAUGCGCGACACCAUCUGGAUUUUCAGCAGCAGCACAAACUCGCGCGCAUGGCUGCAGGCACCGGAGCAGGAAAGACAGGAGCGGCUGAGGACGCGCAGAUCUGAGCUGGAAGGUAUCUGGAAGCUCGCGGCGCCUGCUGCCAAGAACUUUGCGCGGAAGUACAUCAAAGCGCGCUUCCGCGAGCUGUGA